AGGCUGCAACCUUCCUUCUCCCUCAGCCGCUGCAGCGAUGAAGGCCUCGCCAAGCUUCCUCCUCGUCCCGCUGCUCUUCGCCAUGGCCUGGGCCCAAUGCCCGGUGCCAGCCGAUCUAAAGACGGCCAACGGCACUAAGAUCUGCGCCCAGCUCUACACCAAGAACAGCCCCUACUAUGACCAGUGCUGCGCUGGCAGUGUCCUGGUGGUGCCACCGGAUGAGGACCAGCCUUACAUGCCAUCUGCCUUCAACAACAAGGUGACCUCCCUGGUGGUAGGGCAGAGAUGUGAGCUGACCGUCUGGUCCAGCAAGGGCAAAGGGGGCAAGACCCGCAAGUUCAAGGCCGGCGCCUACCCGCGUCUCCAAGAAUACCGGAAGGGCAUCUUUGGCGACUGGGCCAAUGCCAUCUCCGCCUACUAUUGCAAGUGCAGUUGAAGAGGCCACGCGAGAUGAGAAAGGACCCCGUGGCCACAAGCAGCUCUUGCCAGCCUGACCCCGCAGCACCCCAAGCGAUGUUUCCGCAGGUCUUGCACCCGUCUCUUGCCAGCUAGAAGGUUCCCCCUCCCGGAGUCCUCUGCUCUGCCCAUUGGAGAAUCUCUAGCCAACUGGAAGGUGUCCUUCCUAGAAUCCUCUGCUCUCGCCACAUAUCAAAGAUGAGCUCCCUCGCCAACUAGAAGAUCAUCCUCCCAGAAUCCUCUGCACUGUCCGUGGCAAAAUCUCUAGCCAACUGGGAGAAGUCUCUCCCAGAACCCUCUGCUCUCGUCACAUCUCCAGGGCAAAUUCUCUGAUCAACUGGAAGAUCUCCCUCCCAGAAUCCUCUGCUCCAGCCAUGGCAAAAGCUCUGCCCAACUGGGGGAUCUCUGCACCCAAACGAAAUGCGAACACCACCACCACCCCCUGGGGGGAAAAAAUCCAUCUUCUGAUAGCAAAUAAUUCACCUACAGGGAGCAGGAACGACAUCACGAAAAAGCAGAAACUGGCAAGUGAAUUUAUUUUUCACAACCGUGGCAAAGAAGGGGCUUUCUCCCUGAGAUUUGACGAUGGACACCUCGCUCGAAAGAUAUGUAGCUUCUGAUGCUUUUAAGAACUUUCCCACAUUCCCCACUUUGUUCUGGGUGCGUUUAUUUUCUUUUCUUUUUUUGGCUUUUUAAGACAGGCAUUCCAUCUUCAAAGCCAUUGUGUCUCUCUUUGCAGCAAAGGCUCCUUCUGCCUCGUCUCGGCCACUAAUUCCUCUGCUUCGCCACGAUAAACAUAAUUAAAAGUGAAAGAACACGGCUUUCGGAA